AUGAGAGUUGCGUUGCAAAACGACCCAUCGGCUGCUGAAUUCUCGAGACAACUGCUAUCGCUUGGUAAUGGACACAUUCCGAUUGAUGUUUUGACUGGAUUAAUAUCGUUUCCGGCAAAUUUUUGUGAGUUCACAUCGUCGAAGGAAGAACUCAUUACAAAAGUGUUCCCAAACAUUGAUGUCAAUUAUAACAAUCAUGAUUGGAUGAGUGAAAGGGCAAUACUAGCAGAGAGGAAUAAGGACGUCGAUAGCUUGAAUUUUACAAUUCAGAUGGGAUCGAUCAUAAUUAUGUUGCGGAAUCUAAAUCCUCCUAAAUUGUGUAAUGGUACACGAUUGUCCGUCAAGAAACUGAUGAACAAUGUAAUACAAUCAACGAUCAUCAAGGGCAAUUUUAAAGGGGAGGAAGUCCUUAUCCCACGAAUUCCGAUCAUUCCAAGAGAUCUUCCAUUUCAGUUUAAGCGGAUUCAGUUUCCCCUGUACGUUGCCAGUUCGCGUGUUGGAAAACCGUCUUCGUUGUUUAUUUUUGCACCAGAAAACAAAACGAAAAACAUUGUUUAUCAAAAUGCAUUAUAUUGA